UCGAAGUAACUUGUAUAUGUUACUCCAUUUUAAUUUAACGACCAUCUAUUACCUGCUAAUGAAAUUGAGUUGGAUUAACGGAGAAAUAUUUGAGUUCUUUAUUUGACAAAGGAUAAAUUCGUUGUGCCGGACUUUUGAGUUUAUAUUUAUUAAGUUCUAGUCAUUGUUAGUUUGUUUUAAUAUUUAUUUUAAAUGGCUAAAAUGAUGUUACGGACUAAUAUUAUGUGUGCGAGUAAAUACAGGGUAGCUUUUUGUGUUCGCGUUCUUCUGUUCUUCGGAAUACCGAUAAUUUACUUUCUCAGUAACACUCAAGAUUCAACAAACGAAGCAAACAAGUCAGGUCAAGAUAUUGCUUUCACCUCCCGCCAUCUCUUAGGCUUGAUAGAUCAAGGGAGCAAAAACUGUACGCCAGCUGCCAUUUUGGAAUUUCCGUCAGAUGGUCUGAACAGAUUUCAGAGACAACAUGGCUUUAUACUAGUUCAUUGCGUGUUGGCCGUGUAUUGCUUCAUGCUGCUUGGGAUCGUCUGCGAACAAUACUUCGUGCCCGCCAUCGAGAUAAUAUGUGAACGUUUGAAUAUGGAAGCUGAUAUCGCCGGCGCGACGUUCAUGGCAGCAGCCAGUUCAAGUCCAGAGCUCUUCAUCAACUGUGUCGGCACUUUUGUGACUGAGGGGGAUCUUGGUGUGGGGGCCAUUGUGGGGUCGGCGGUGUUCAACGUGCUUGCUGUACCCGCUUGCUGCGCCCUAGUUGCUGGCAAGGUGAUAGAACUCGAUUGGUGGUCAGUAUCCCGCGAUUGUAUGAUGUACGCGGUUGCGGUCGUUGCCCUCAUCUUGACUCUUCUAGACGACAAAGUGUACUGGUACGAAGCUUUGUUACUGGUUCUGAUGUACACCUUCUAUAUACUUGCCAUGGUGUACAACGGACGUCUCGGAAGUUUUGCUCGGAGUGGUUGCUGUCCUUUCAAUGCUAGGAAGAGUUACACUGAAAUAUCACCACUACUGGAUGAUGAGAAUAAUAAUUAUUCCGUGGAGUCCAAUCGGAACGCGUCCUCAAACCAGCUCUUAAACUAUAUGGAACGAGGAAAUGUAAGGCAUGGGUCCACCGAUUCUGACACGAGCUCGAUUUGGUCUUGGCCGGGAGAGAAGACUUCGUGCUGCCAGAAACUGUUCUGGCUUGUCAGCUGGCCCAUGGGUCUGGUGCUAUGGGCCACUAUCCCAGACUGCAAGAAGCAUUCCCGGCUUUACCCCCUGACCUUCACGAUGUGUGUUAUAUGGAUCGGUGGAGUUUCUUAUCUCGUGGCAUGGAUUAUAACAAUUCUUGGCGAUACGCUCAACGUUCCAGACAGCAUUACUGGGCUUACUAUUUUAGCAGCCGGGGCAAGUUUACCAGAAGCUGUUUCAAGCGUGCUAGUUACAAAACAAGGUCACGGCACAAUGGGUAUUAGCAAUACAAUAGGAUCGAACACUUUCGACAUCCUGCUGUGUCUAGGGCUGCCUUGGCUCGUGAAAUCCGUGUUCUUUCCUUCGUAUCCUGAUAAUCACUGGGUUAUAAUCAACUCAAGCGGUCUAUCAUAUAGCGCCAUCUCUCUUCUGUCUACUCUAUUGGCUCUCUACGUGUCUCUCAUGUUAAACAAAUUCCAGCUGGAUUGGAAAGUUGGUAUAACAUGUGCAUUGGUGUAUCUUGGAUUCCUAGUUAUGGCUGCAAUGUUAGAACUCAACAUGCUAUUUCCAGUAAAUUUGCCUAUUUGCCCACAUUCAUAGAUAUAAGGUUUUUAUCUAGAUAUAAAUGGCAAUUUACCCAAUGAUCAAAUAAAACGAGCAUGCGUUUAAAAGUGUCGUCUUAAAACUUGGCUAAUUAGCCAACCCGAGUUAUUGCGUUGCGGAAUGUAACACGUCGUUUUACCAGCACUCUCAGCAAAAUAAUUUAAUAAAAAUAUUACUUUAUCCAAAUCUCAGCGGCUGGGCGGAAAACAUACUCGUAGUUACCUCACCUCCGAACAGAGCUAAAAAACUAAAUAUUCCUGUUAAAUAAACAACUAUAUAAAAACACCAAAAUUAUUGCAUGUUAAUUAUUAAAAAAAUAUAAUUAUUGUUAUCGAUUUUAAAAGUUUACUUACGAGGACUAAGGACAAAAAGUUUUCAUUUUUACAUUCUGACACAAUGAGAUGUUAUUACCUAAGAAGAACCCCUACAGCAGGCUUCAAGAAAGUUACUUUACCUAGCUAACUUUAACCUAUAAUGAUUAAAAACUUUUAAACUAAAUAUUUCAACAGAAUUGAAAUAGGUAAGCAUUUAUGCUAUUACGACAAUAACUUGAAUUUUUUGAUAUUUUAACCCAGUUGCGUGAACGUCAAGUUGAGAGUUUACGUCCCCUAUUUCCAUAUACGCCUUCUGGUUCUUUUUGAAUGUAGGUAUUUAGCGAAGCAAAUUAUUAAGUAUAAAUUAAAUUCAAUUAACUAUUAUAACCUUUAAGUUAAAGUUAAAAAAAUCUUUUUUAACUUUAACUUUAAGUUAUAAUAAUUUCUAACUGACCUGAUUUAGAACUAAACCUUUUAGAGGUAAAGGUAACAUCUCAUUGUUCUGACGAGUUUAGAAUAGUUUGUUAUAGGAGUGUUCUUAAAUACUAAGGAACAUCAGUCUAGUAGAUAGGUACUUUAUUGAUUAUAAUCAUAUGUAAUUUAAACCAGCUUAAAAACGACCUCAUCAAUUCUUUGUAUGUUUGGUUUCAUGUGUUUAUUUUAGAUCAAGUUCAUUGAUAGUUCUAGUAGUGUUAUCCUAUCGAAACUUUGUCAAAAAUUCAGCUCUAUCAUUUACACAGACCGUGUAAAUGAUAGACCUUUAAUUUAGUUAAUUUUUGAAUAGUAUAGUUUAGUUUAUAAAUUUGUAUAGUAAAGUUAGCUACAUGGUUAAAUCUAAACAGCUGAUUGCACUAAUUUUAGAAUAAAACCUGCCGUACAUUUUAGUGUCAAAUUCGUAUUACCAAACAGGAUUUGGCGAUUUGGUAAUGUUAAGUUUAAAAAACUUUGUAAAAAUCGAACUCCUAUUAUUAUUAUAACUUGGAUUAAAAAAAGGUUUUUCCUAUUUAUAUUAUGCCUUGGCAGGACAAUAAACAUCUCUUGCGCUUAAUCUCACUCUAUGUGGAGUCGGCUAUUAAUUUUAGUUUUGGGAUAUUUUUAAUAAUCGACCGUCUGUCUGCCUGACAUUAACCCUGCUCAACAAUAUGAUGGCCAGUGCCAUCCUGGUCAUAAAAUCCUCUUACCGGAAAGCAUUACGGACACCCGAAAAGCUUACAGAAGUAUUAUUUUAAUUGUUGAUGUUUUUUUCCUAAAUUAUAUUACUUAUUUUAAGAACGUAAAGGUAGGUUACAUAAACUGUUCUCUUAAAAUAAUACUAUUUUUCGGAAUAGGAAGAAGCCCCGAGGUAUUUCUAAUGCGUUGCCGGGCAUACAAACACAAAUAUUUAUUUUCAAAUAAAAUAUUUGAUGUUGUGCGUGGUGAAAUGGCAUAAUAUGGUAUAUACACAUUUUAUUUGUGUCCUAAUUAUUUCUAAUGUGUCCAGAAUAUAAUAUACUUUUUACUAUUGCUUUACUUAUCUUCCGAAUCUCGUGCAUGGGGACUCUUUUAUGAAGAGUGGCAUUGUAAUAAAUCGACAUACCUACUUUAUUUUUAUUCUUUAAAAGUGUAUAGCAGACUUCCGUUAGACCUGCAAGAAACAAAAUAGCUGCACGCUGCGAAUUUUCAGUUCACUACAUUGCUGGAUGACGUCAUUAAUUUAAUACUUACUAGCUUUUUAGCUCUACA